AUGCACCCCAGCCUCCACCUUCCCCGAGCCUCGGCACGGGGGAAGACCCCACAUGGACCGGGGGGCCGAGAUCCGUUUAAUAAAGCACCCUCCACCUUGGAAAUGUAUGUAUUUAUGUAUGUACCUGCAAGCACGGAUACAAAUCUCGUCAUCUACUCAUCGAAUAACGUCAGAAAGAAGCAUUGUGCUAAAAUGGGUGGACGUAUCGACUGCUACCUCGACAUUGGAUAUGUGGACUUGAGGCAGAACAUGAGCAAACUUGCUGCUCAUGGAGUACAAGUGAACUUCAUCCCUGUCUUUUUGGGCGGUAUUAUGCAGACAUCAGGCAACCGUCCUCCAUGGGUUCUCAAGGCCAAGGGGAAAUAUCUUGCUAGAGACUCGUUCCGCGCUGCUGAGCGUCUUGGAGUUCCCUAUCAAGGCUCGCCACCCGAUAUCGUUGCCAUCGCAAAGACCGUGUCACCUCUCCGCGCCCUACACUUUAUCAAGGAGAACUACCCAGAGGCAACUUAUCUCGCUGCAAUUCGAUUCCUCUUCCACAGGAUCUGGCUGCCUCCUCAUGUCAAUCUUGCCGAGGACGAGAAGCUCAUUGCAGCUCUGAAAGAAGCUACCGAUGAGCUUGAUGGAGGGUCUGGCAAGAAGCUGUUCUCCGAUGAAGAUGUUGAGAAGAUCAUGAAUGGGAGAGAGAGCAUGAAGGAGAGGGUCAAAGAUCUUACUGGUGAAGCGGUUCAGAAGGGUGCUUUUGGAGCUCCUUGGUUGAUUGUGACCCGCGAUGAUGGCAAGUCGGAGGCUUUCUUUGGAAGUGACAGGUAA